UUCUUUUCCGCGCCGUCUCUCUUUCACGCUUUCCCUCAUCUUUGCAUCUGGUUGUUUACGCCAUCAUAACAACCCUUGACUGUGCAAGUCGCAUUCAAGUGUACACAACAAUGCCCUCUCUCAAACAACUCACCUGCUCCAUCGAGCUUGGCAGCACUCACACAAAGAUCACGGAAUACGGCAAAAACUACGGCGAUGGUCUUGUAACCAGCUACAUCGCCGUCCCCAGCGAAGCAGUAAACUUCAGCAUCCACCUCACCUCUCACGGUUAUGUUGCACCUGGUCUUGCCAUGUUUGUUUACAUGGAUGGCCAGUACCAAUGCAAUCGUAAUAGACGUGGUUUGAUGCUACCUGGCAAGGGUGUCAAGGAUGGACAGUUUGAGGUCGAUUUGCGCGUCAGGCAGAAGGAGUCGAAGCAGAGCGAUGGAAGUUUUCUGGGAAGAGAUUGGACGUUUCAUGGGUUAAAUAUGGUAUCUGCUGACAAGGUCGAGGAGACCGAUGAUGUGUUUCUUGACAACUUGGGCACGAUCGAGGUCAUCGUCUUGCGCUGCAAGGAUGCUCCUCUACCACCUCCCAGUGUACCCAUUGUCAGAGAAAGCUCGUCCAGAGCAACUUCCAACAGCUCACCUCGACCUCCGACUAAGCCGGAGUCCAAGCACUCCACUCCAAAGCCAGAGCAGAAGGAACCAUCCAAGCACUCUUCUCGUCAAAAGCAGAAGGAGCCGUCUGCAAAAGCAAAGGCACCUUCCAAAAAAGAAAGCUCGGUUGGCGGCAUGUUCGGUCUUUUCGACGGCGCCUCAGACGAACCCGACGGUAUCCCAGCAAAACCCUACUGGAACGAUUGGAACAAACGCCCUACGCUCUCCGGUCCACGUCUAACCCGCGACCUCUACAUCGCUCCUGAAGAACCUCUCCCUUUGGUCCCAAAGCAAGCCGCUCGCAGCAAACAUGUUGAACAUCAAGUCAAGACCGGUAAGGGAGCCCAGUAUCUCCACUUGUGUGCUCGUCCCGAAUACCUGGAUAGCAUGAAGCAGCCUUAUGCCGUAUUCACCUUCAAGUACCGUAGCAAGAGAUUCAUUGAUAAGAAGUUCAAAGUCGAGAUCAAAGAGGAAGGAAGGAACCUCAUGGCCAAGAUAGCAGAUAUGUCCAAGAACGAAUUGGCAGAAGAGCUGUUCAGAUUGAGAAUGGCAGACAAGGAGAAAAGCAUCAAAGCCGCCAACGACAAAGCUGCCAGUGCAGCCAAAGCUCCCACCCACAAAUCAGCAUCCGCACAACUUCCCACAAAAGACAAUGCCUGGGAAAAGCCCGCCGACAAGACUCCUACAAAGUCAAAGUCAAAGGCAAAGACAGCCACUGCACUUGUAUCCGCAGAUUGGGCGGCUGUUCCUCCCGCCAACGGUUGGCCAACUGUACCUGCUCCUGCAGGUGACUGGACAACUGUUCCUGAUCCUGUCAAGACUUCUUCCAAGUCAGCAAAGAAGUCCACUUCCAAAGCUCCUUCAAAGACACCUUCGCAAAAGACAAAGGAUGCCCCUGGAGCUUUCCCUGAUGGUGAUGAGCGUGGGAAGUCUGCUGUUGGCGGUGCUACAGAGUCCAGUCAUCACACCGUCAGUGAGGCCGCAAAGACCGCCAAAUCUGUUUCCAAAAAGUCAAGUAAGAAGGAAGAUCCUGCUGCUACCGACGGACAAGCAAACUGGGACCAGAUACCAGCUGCUGGCGGUGCUACCUGGGACACCGCGCCUGCUGCCGGCGGCGCCAGUUGGGAUGUUCCGGCUGAUACCCCUGCUGAUGUGCAAUGGAGAACUUUGCGCAUUGCUUUCACAAUCAUGACUAUCAUUGCUGCUAUCGCUCUUUCGAUUAUCGCGUACUAUUGGAUCAAGAGCUACGUACUUCAAGCCAUUGCCUUUUGCUUCUUGCUCAAAGACUGUAUGAUUGCUCCGUUUACUUGGACCAAGGAUCUCUGGGUGAAGACGACAGAGGUGAUCUUUGUCUUCACUCCCGUGACCUGGGCAAAGACUCUCUGGUCGGGACUGAAAGGCUUGAGCUGGUUCUUUACUCCUCUGAUUUGGCUCAAGGACGGAAUGCUGAAGUUUAUGGAAAUGGUUUCUGGACACGAGAUUGGCAAGCCACGCUUUAUGGAGCUUGAUUUCUGGAGUAUGGAGUGGCUGCAAAGACCUGACUGGCUUUUGUGGCCUGAAUGGCCCGAGUGGAACUUCGAUUUUCCAGAGGCGAUCAGGAAUGCUUCUGCUAUGCUCUCGAACUUGCUUGACGCCGUCUGGUCGGUCAUGCGCCCGGAUGGCGUACAGGCAGUGCAUGUCGUAGACGAUGUGCUUGAGGAGAUUUGAAGCAUCGAGUGCCGGAGGAGAUCGACAAUCAACGAGACAGCCACGGGUGGACUGACCAGAGCCU